GCCCCAAAAGACUUGGCGGUAGGUUUAGAGUUAAUAUUAGCGAGCCUAGAGAAGCGACGAAGCACUGGACGACCGGUUUCCGCUCUCACGCCUUUCAUUAAUUCGUAGUUCUUUUUAGUACUCAAGAAAAAAUUCGUUCCCCGCCCCUUCCUGGAUCACACUUUUUUCUUGGGAAUUAACGAGUUUUUCUAGGGCCUCGUGAAAAAAAAAAAAGGUUCGCGCGCGAGCUAUGCUUCCGCUUUCACCUUUUCAGCGAUAGUAGAGCCGCUCUGCACGCCGGAAGAAUCAUUUUUAUGACUGUCGAGCGCGGGAGUUGAAAAUUCGGUGAUCUUUUUUUCUUUCUUUCUCUCGGAUAGAGACUGGAAGGGUUUAUCAAUGGCGGGCCGACGAGGAGCUUUGAUUGUUCUGGAGGGUGUUGAUCGAGCAGGCAAAAGCACACAGAGCCGAAGGCUGGUGGAGGCUCUCUGGGCAGGAGGGCACAAGGCCGAACUUCUUAGGUUUCCCGAAAGGUCAACAGAAACUGGACAGCUAAUAAGUUCUUACUUGGAAAAGAAAAACAACUUGGAGGACCACACAGUGCAUCUACUGUUUUCUGCUAAUCGUUGGGAGCAAGUGCCAGCUAUUAAAGAAAAAUUAAGCCAAGGUGUCACUCUAAUAGUGGACAGAUAUGCCUUUUCUGGAGUAGCCUUCACAGGUGCAAAAGAAAACUUCUCUUUGGAAUGGUGUAAGCAGCCAGAUGUGGGGCUUCCAAAGCCAGAUUUGAUCCUUUUUCUUCAACUGAGCACAUUGGAAGCAGCCAAACGAGGAGAAUUUGGAAAUGAACGCUAUGAGGAUACGUCUUUUCAGGAGAAAGUUCUACAGUGCUUUUACCAUCUGAUAAAAGAUAAAUCUUUAAAUUGGAAGUUGAUUGAUGCUUCGAAGAAUGUAGAAGAUUUGCACAAAGAAAUUAAAUCCCUUGCAGAAGAGGCUAUGCAAGAAGCUCAGCACAAACCUCUAGGAGAACUAUGGAAAUGAAAUUUAUUUAACUCCUAAAAUCAGGGCUUACUUAAUCAAAUUCUGCAAUAUUUGCAUUCACAUAUUCUGUGAGUCUGUGUGUCUGUGUAUCUAUAUUUGAGAGGCCAAGCACGUUUCUUUUGCUAGUCUUUACUAUUUAUCAGUUCUAUUUCUCUAUAGACUGUGGAGUUUUAGAAGAGUGAAGCUUGUCCUUUCCUUAGAGAGCAGUUCUGCAGGGUCUCACACCUGGAAAAGAAAUGCGUGAAUGGGAUACCUUCCACUUAGAUAAGACUUGAAAUGUUCCAUAAUAUAAUUUUACUAUAAAUAUAUUGAAUGUAAUCAUGUGUAUGAAUGCAUUAACUUUUUCUCACUACAGUAAGGUUUUAUGUGUGUGUGGAGUAAAAUAAUUUCAUUUGUAAUAUGUAGAGUAUGUCUAUCAAUAAAAUGUUUUCAAACAUGCAGUGGGCAUGUUUGGCUAAUGACAAUAACUUGAGGUACUAACUCUGUGUGCGCGUGAGAGAGAGAGAGAGAUAAGGAAGUUGAUGCCACUGUUGUAACAGCUUAAAAUAUGGUGCCUGUAUGUAUAGAUGCUGGUAAUAAUCCUCCAAGCUGACACAGAGUCUUCCAGGCAUUGUUGUAGGAAGAGAACCAAGUUAGUCUUUGGAAGACAGAAUCUGGUAGCAUCAUUUUAAAUUAGCAUUUUAUUGUAUUGUAUUUGAAUUAAAGCAAAAUAAUAAACUUUUUUGUCCCAAUUGAUAAGAUUUUUGUCAGGAAUAUCUACUGAAAGUUUGAAAUAGAUCAAUUUUGGGAAUAAUAUCUUAAUUGCUGAUACAUGGCCUAAAUUCUAAUAUAAUUUCUGUUCCACUUUUUUAUAUUCUUUCUUAUUUAUAACAAGCAAAGCCAUAAUUAUUAUUGAAUAGCUUAUUUAAAUUCUUUAAUAUGUUAAUUCUUAUAUUUUAUUUAUUUUAUAUUUUAUGUGAUCGAUUUUAUGUUCAAAGAGAAUUUCUAAAAUACUGUACAUAAUUUUUCCUUACAAGGCUAAAUAUGAAUGCUAUUCAUAUACUAUUAUAGAAUUUUAAAAAUUGUCUGUUAGACUCAAGCAGAUUCUUAAAGCAUUUUAUUAAAUGAGUAAGAAUAUAUUGCAUUACAGAUGAUUGUAAUAAUCAGCAACUAGAUUCAAUUAAUAAUUUUCCCCUCUAUUUUAAUUCCUUGAAUUUGAUUAUUUACACAUAAUGCAACCUCUGACAUUUCAACAAUUAAACAGAGAUUAGUUAUAGAUUAAAGCAAUAGCAAUUAGUAAAUUAUCUUUAAUGAACAUGAAUUUAAAAAAAAAUCUUUAACACUGUCCUGUAAGUUUCUUGCAGCAUAACAGUUGAGGUGAGAAAUUACCUAAUUAUAUAAAUAUAUUGUAUGUUUUCAUUGUUUUCCCAAACCCCUAAGAUUAAAACAAAUAGGGUUAGAACUGUCACUCAUAAAAUACCUUUUUUACUAUUUUUAAUUUCCUGUAUCCUAUAAAAUAAAUCAAAUUUUAUAUAGUCCUAUUAUAAAUUUUAUAUGACUAGUACCAAUAGUAAAUCUGGUUCUUCAUGCUUUUUCCCUUAAAUUUACCUCGGCCUUACCCAUAGUCUUUCCCUUCCAAUAGUCCCUCUAGUUCUAGCUUUCAUUUCCCCUUCCUAUGUGACUUUGAGGUUCACAAGUUCAGCCACUUCCUGGUAUAAGUUCUUUGUUGCUUUCCACACCAUGAAUUGAGUAUUUACUGUUUCUUAACUAUAUUUUCAUACUUCUUCCCAUAUAACUGCCUGCUUCUCUUCUAAAUAUUUAUUUAUCUCAUGUAGUUACAACUUAAUUCUAAUAAAAGCUAAUGUUUUAAUACUGUACUAAGCAUUCAGAAAUUUAGAGUUCAUUUUAAUAUUUUUUGCUUUUUUGAUUUACUAUCAGAAUCUUCUAUCAUCUGGAAUCUUUACAGGUAGUCUUCAACUGACAACCACAAUGGAGUACAAAAUUUCUAUUGCUAAGCAAGACAGUUAAGUGAGUUGCCCCAUUUCAAUAUUAUGUUUAGAUGGAAAUCCCCAAAUAUAUUGAAUUCCUUUAUCAAUAGGUUUAAAUUCAACUUUAUUGUAAAGUAGUUUGGCUACAAUCUUAAUAAAACAAAGCUUUCGUUUCCUCUCAAGUUUAUUUCUUUCAGCUUGGAUGCUUCCUGAAUAUUUUCAUUUCCAGUACAUUCAUUAAAACAAGUACUGUCCUUGAUUGGUUGAAUUUUGCGAGCCUGCAAUUUUGAACUCUGUACUUCAUGUAAUGUACAUCUGUGAAGAGAUCAUGAAGUUGUAUUGCUAUGUAAUCCAUCAUAUCAUUAUACAAAUUGAAAGCAGUUGAUGAAUGAAACACAAUCUGACUAUGCUCUUCUUCCAAAAGGAGAAGCAAAGUAAGCUAUAACAAUGACAAAUAAGCAUCAUGGUUCAAAUCUGAUUUCUAGUAGCUAAAUAGGCAACAGGACCUACUAUAUGCAGUUACUUUAUAGAUGGCUAUAGUACCAUCUGUAGUUUGACAGUUCUGCUUAUAAAUGCUGGCAAGAAUGCUUUGUAAACAUAUUUGCCACUGCAACAUCCAUUGAUUGAGCUAAUGCUUGGAACUGAUGGGGUUCUUGCCCGCCAUUCCUAUCUUUUAGAAACAGAGGAACUUUUCUGCUAUUUUGGAAUAUAAUGGGCUGGAAAUCCUGGCCAGAAAGGUAAUGAUUUAAGGGAUGAAGAAUUUGCUUUAACUUUCUUUAAAAUUACAUAUUAAGAACUGAAACAAAUGAAAAACAAAUAAAGACACACAAUAGAAAUAGCUUUGUGUGGUACUUUCAAAAGGGGAGAUGAGAACACACCUUUGGCCUGAAAUCGUGAUUUUAAAAUAGCUGUUAACGCAAGAUUUGUGCCCAUGUACAGUCUAAAUUUUAUUAAAAGGAGGAAUCGGAAGCACUUUUAAUUUAUCAGCUAAUGGAUGUUUUCACCUCAUUUUAUGAAAUAGCAGCCAUAUUUUUAAUACAAAAUAGAAAAAUAUCCAAAUAAAAAUAACAAAGCAAAAUCUGAGUUACACCAUUCUGUUUGUGCAUUUACUGUGAGAAAAGUAACUGUCAGAGCCUUCCCUAUAUUAUCUACUGAUGUUCUCUUGUCAUCUUUAGAACAUAUUUUAACAUGUUCUGUAUGAUAUGCUCUUGUGAUUGCUAGAAUGUAGAACAUUAUAUUUUAAAAAAUAAAUUGCAACUUUGAAACCAAAA